UAUGGGUGGGCGGUGCUAUACUGUCCAUUCAAGACUUUACUGUCAAAUAAAAGUGACCGUCACGAGCUCCGCCAAUUAGCGAAGUGGAAGGGAGGGUUCAUGUCAAAGAAGGCAGUUUACAUUAGCCAAUCAAUUGGGCAAACCAGAGAGCGUGCUUAUUCUUGCACUCGGUUCAUUGGUUAUGCUUUCAGUCAGUCUGAAAGGCAGCGACUCGCGCCUGGUGCAGAGAAGGUGAUUGGUGUCUUCCAGGCGCGAAAUCUAACGCGGGAAAAAUAGAAGUGAAGGACUGUUCGACCGCCAACGCCUCUUCUCUUCAGCUACAGUCCGUGGCCUUUGGGGAAGUACAGGUGGAAAGUGCUGGGAUCCCCGCUGGGCAUGUCGGACGGGCUGUAAGCAAUGAUGUCUGAGGUGUGCUCUUCUCCGCUGCACCAGUCUCCGCAGGACACGUCGCCUCCCCGCCGGGUGCUAGUGUCCGUUAUCAAGGCGGUCUCCCCCUCCUCAGCCCAUACCCCUCUCAAACACCGGCGACCUCCUUACACAUUAGGUACAGCUCAGCCGAGCCCCGUCCCGACCAGCCCCGGAUUCAGUGACUUCAUGGUGUACCCGUGGCGCUGGGGGGAGAAUGCUCACAACGUCACUCUGAGCCCAGGACCCAUCUCCAGGCAUCAGCCGCCCUCGGUGGAAUCUCUUCACGUGACUAGGGAUGGCGCCUCUAGAACUCGAAUUGCUGAUGUUAUUGGAAAUGGAGCUGCGGGAGGGACCGACAUGCCAGAGGAUGGAGCUGCAGCACUCACGGAUGGAAAUCGUCGAGGCCGUCCAAGAGCAGAAACUGUUCGAAACUUAAUAAGUGAGGGUGAGCACUCUUCUAGCAGAAUCCGCUGCAAUAUCUGCAACAGGGUUUUUCCUAGAGAGAAGUCACUGCAAGCACACAAAAGGACUCAUACAGGUGAAAGACCUUAUCUGUGUGACUAUCCAGACUGUGGGAAAGCCUUUGCACAAAGUGGGCAACUGAAAACUCACCAGCGUCUUCACACAGGAGAGAAGCCUUUCGUAUGCUCAGAAAAUGGGUGUUUAAGUCGGUUCACACAUGCAAACCGCCACUGCUCGAAGCAUCCGUAUGCAAGACUGAGGAGAGAGGAGCCCAGCAACAAGCCAGGCAAAAUGCAAGUGGCUGAUAAAGAUACAGCAGAGUGGCUUUCAAAGCACUGGGAAACACAAGAACAGCUACCGCCCACAUUAAAGGUAAAAUCCAUUCAGAAGGCUGAUCAAGAACAGCAGGAUCCUUUAGAGUAUUUUCAGUCAGAUGAAGAGGAAGACAAUAAGAAUGGCUCUCACUCAGCUUCCCGGAGAUGUCUGCAGGAGCAGCGAGAGCGUAUGCAUGGCGCUCUGGCUCUGAUUGAACUAGCUAACUUAGCUAGUGCACAGCUGCGCCAGUAACCUUACACAGAGCUGUACGAAGUGUCCUACCCUAGUUGUACCAUGGUCCCUUUUUUCCCCCAGAAAGACAUAUUUUAAACAUGUUAUCUUGGCCGGAAAAAUAGGUGACAAAAUACAGUUUUGGGUUAUAAGCUAAGCACCUUAUUUGCUUGACAUAGGCUGCUAUCCUGUAGAACUUUUUAUGAAGAAUGUUGUUGCUUCCUACUUUGGAGCAAGAGAGAUUUGCACUUUUAUGGUAAGAUGUAAAGUGUUUUAAAUAUAUUGUUGUAAAUAUGGGAGAGUAAAGAAGAAAAUAUUUCUAUCUCUUUGUGGGAUAGUACAUUUUACAAGCUUAACAUGCCGUUUUCAAAAACUCAGUUUAACCAGCUUGCACAGAUUGGUUUACUGCAUUACUUCCUGUAGAAGGUUUUGGGUACUUAUGGCAUUUGGUUAUUUCACUUGCUGUGUGUUCGCAAGUCUCCUAUCUCUGCAGAUCAUCCCUCGAGAAGCAAGCAGAACAUGUUUGUUGAGGGCCCCGGGUCACAUUGUGCAGCAAAUGCAUAACCAGACGAUGUGUUUGUACCGAAAUGUGAAAAUUAAAUUAGUUUUAGUUUGCAUAUGCCAGAAUAAAAGAAUCUGCAAAUUGUUGCAGAACACUGGCAUAUGUUUUACAAUUUCAUAUCGGCCUGACACUUAUAUGCAUUUUCACUGGCAGAAUUGCAAAAAGAGCUGGUAUUUAUGCAGUACUUCUAUAUCUUUUGAUUUAGAGAUGUAUGCAAACCUCUCUUCUGCAAGAAGCACAGGAAAAACAUUGGGCUUCAGGGGGUAUAGAUUGUUUGUGUAUUGGUGGAAUUGCACUUGUUCUAAGAGGAGUCCUAAAGUUUUACCCCCUCUCCCCACACACACUUAACAUUUGACCCCCCCAUCGAUUGGACUUUUCCUUCUCUGUUAAGCUUGAAAAAUGAAAACAUGGAUAAAUUGUCCAUAAAAUGGACUCUGAUGUUGUAUGGCACUUGUUUUUUUUAAAGAGGGUAUUUUACAUGGAGAUUUUGACAUGUACUAAACUAUUUUUAAAUCUUUUUCUUGCAGACACUAAAAUGUAAUAUUCAGCUUCUUAGUAAUUUUAUAUAUAUAUAUAAAUAUUUUCAUAUUU